GAGCCAUAGCGUGAACCAGAUUUCGGCUCAAAUUCAUCGAGUUCAUGAUCCGAUCAAUGGCCAGCCAAAGAUCCCAACCCGAGGUCAACACACCUCAGAGCAGUAGGUUUACCGACAGGAUUAAGCGUUCAUUAAGCUCCAUCUUAACCAAAUUUCAUGCAGGUUAUUUUAGGAUAAGCCUUUCUCUAGGCGGCCAGGCUUUAUUAUGGAAGACUCUGAUCGGACCAACUCAUGACAAAAGCACUCUAAGGCAUUUGGUCCACAAGUUCCACCCCACUGCUUUUCUUGUAUUGUGGUCUUUCGCUCUCUUUAUCCUAAUUUUGCUUUCUCUUCUUUACAUCUUGAGAUGCUUGUUUUACUUUAAGAUGGUCAAAGCAGAGUUCUUGCACCAUGUAGGGGUUAACUACCUUUUCGCUCCAUGGAUUUCCUGGCUCCUUUUACUCCAAUCAGCUCCAUUUGCCACACCAAAGACAACCUCCUAUUACGUACUCUGGUGGUUCUUUGCGGUCCCCGUUGUGGCACUCGAUGUGAAAAUUUAUGGGCAAUGGUUUACCAAAGGGAAGAAGUUUCUGUCAACGGUGGCAAAUCCAACGAGCCAAAUAUCAGUUAUCGGGAAUCUGGUGGGAGCACUAGCUGCAGCAAGUAUGGGGUGGAAAGAAAGCGCCGUUUGCUUGUUUUCACUGGGAAUGGUGCAUUAUUUAGUGCUUUUGGUGACUCUCUACCAGCGGUUUUCAGGCAGUGAUCGGAUUCCAGCGAUGCUUAGGCCGGUUUUCUUCUUGUUCUUUGCUGCACCGAGCGUGGCAAGCUUGGCUUGGGAAUCCAUAACUGGUGCUUUUGAUAUCGCAUCCAAGAUGCUUUUCUUUCUAUCCCUUUUCCUCUUCAUCUCUCUGGUUUGCCGGCCAGCUCUUUUCAGGAGAUCGAUGAGGAGAUUCAAUGUUGCCUGGUGGGCUUACUCAUUUCCCUUGACCAUACUGGCGCUAGCUUCAACCGAAUAUGCAGAAGAAGUAAAAGGCAGCAUCGCACACCUCCUUAUGCUUCUUCUUUUAGCUCUCUCCGUUUUAGUCUCGCUUGGUCUCACUAUAUUCACGCUGCUAAACACUAGAAUGCUAUUACCCGACAACGAUCCAAUUUCCACUCUCCACCAUUUACCAACAGUUUCUCCAUAAUCUAAAAAGCCCCGGAUCGAAGAAGCAGCAGAAGUCACCUGCAAUUAAUAUUAUAUACUCGGUCUCGUUUACUAGUUGUUUAGGCUAUAAAAUUUGCAGUUUGUUUGUAGCUAUUGUAAGCAUGAUCAUCUGUAAACACUCCCAUUUCUUUGUAAGAAUAAAAUAUUAGACAUCCAAAAAUGAUAGCCUGGUGAUCUACGUUAAUCGAGAUUUAAAUAUGGAGGAAAAGAAAAUGUGCCGAUUCCCUUCAGGUUUGGAAGCUUAUGAUGUGUAUACUUAAAAUAAGAUUUUACCUAAUUCGAUGAUAUCUUCAUAUAAUACUGCCGUUGAAA